AUGACCAUUUCGCAGUUAUUAAAGAGUAGAGUGAGGUACGCUCCUUACUUGAAUAGGGUGAAGGAGGCGCACGAGUUGAUCCCGCUGUUCAAGUCCGGACAGUACCUUGGGUGGUCCGGGUUUACCGGGGUCGGGACUCCGAAGUGUGUCCCCGAGGCACUCGUGGACCAUGUGGAGCAGAACGAUCUACAGGGGAAGCUGCAGUUCAAUCUGUUCGUUGGGGCAUCUGCUGGUCCAGAGGAGGAGCUGUGGGCGCAAAACGGUAUGAUCCUGAGGAGAGCCCCCCACCAAGUUGGGAAGCCGAUCGCAAAGGCGAUCAACCAGGGAAGGAUCAAGUUUUUCGAUAAGCAUCUGUCGAUGUUCCCACAGGAUUUGACGUACGGGUUUUACACGAGGGACAGAACGGAUGGGAAGAUCCUCGACUACAUGAUCAUUGAGGCCACCGCUAUCAAAGAGGACGGGUCGAUUGUACCGGGGCCCUCUGUGGGUGGGUCGCCUGAGUUUGUCUCCGUCAGCGACAAAAUCAUUGUCGAGGUCAACACAGCGACUCCCUCGUUCGAGGGGAUUCACGAUAUCGAUAUGCCCGUGCUGCCACCGUACAGACAACCUUACCCUUACACAAAAGUGGAUCAGAAAUCAGGGUUGGACUCGAUCCCAGUGGAUCCGGAAAGAGUCGUUGCCAUUGUCGAGUCCACCACGAGGGACAAAGUGCCCCCCAACACCCCAUCAGACGAGAUGUCCAAGGGGAUAGCCGCCAACCUCGUAGAGUUUUUCAGGGAUGAGGUCAACCAUGGCAGGCUUCCACCAAACUUACUCCCAUUGCAGAGUGGUAUCGGUAACAUCGCGAACGCAGUCAUCGAGGGGCUUGCAGGUGCCAACUUCAAACACUUGAACGUCUGGACGGAAGUACUACAGGACUCCUUCUUGGACUUGUUCGACAACGGGUCUCUAGACUACGCGACUGCGACCUCAGUCAGACUCACGGAGAAAGGUUUCGAGAGGGCGUUCGAGAAUUGGGAACACUUCAAACACAAACUGUGCCUAAGAUCGCAAGUAGUGUCCAACUCUCCAGAGAUCAUCAGAAGACUUGGUGUCAUUGCGAUGAACACACCUGUUGAAGUGGAUAUCUACGCACAUGCAAACUCGACCAACGUCAACGGGUCCCGUAUGUUGAACGGGCUCGGCGGCUCUGCUGAUUUCUUGAGAAACGCCAAGUUGUCCAUCAUGCACUGUCCAUCGGCAAGACCAACAAAGACGGACCCAACGGGUAUAUCCUCGAUUGUGCCCAUGGUAUCGCACGUCGAUCAAACGGAACACGAUCUGGACGUCGUUGUCACUGAACAGGGGCUUGCUGACUUGAGAGGGCUUGCUCCAAGGGAAAGAUCACGUGAGAUCAUCAAGCAGUGCGCUCACCCUGAUUACAAAGAUUUGCUAAUGGAUUACGUCCAGAAAUCCGAGCACUACGCGGCGAAACACAACUGUAUGCACGAACCACACAUGCUAAGAAACGCGCUGAAGUUUCACACCAACUUGCAAGAGAAGGGUACGAUGAAGGUUGCGGAAUGGGAUCCAGUCGACUGA